UAUUCUUAAAUGCAAAUAUGGAAAUAUGAAAGUACAUUGAUCUUCAGAUAUACAAAAUGGGAUACAUUUAUUUACAGCACAGUCUUACUUUUUACGAUUAUAUACAAUUUACCCUAGAAUCUUGAAAUUUAUAAAAAUUGGGAGUAUGUAAAUUUUAUGCAUUUAAGUCAAUGUAUUUAUAGUUUUACUAUUUAUGAUUAUAAUUAUUUUCUACGGAUAUGCAAAAAUAGGUAUAAGCCUUGAAUGGUUAAUAUAGAAAAAUUAUAACCAAUAAAUAAAAAAAUUGCCUAGCUAAUUAUAUGCAUAUGAGAUAAGCUCAAAUAUAUCCGUUGUACAGUGUAUAUAAACCAAGCUUCACUCUUUUAACUUUUUUCUCACAUAUUUUUUAAUUUUUCAUUUUAUUUACAGCAGCAAAAGACUUAAAAGAAAGAUAAUACCAUGGAAAUAGCAGAAAAUGAUGAAUCUCUGCAAGGCCAACAAAUCUAUGCGUUUUCAACCUCUAUGGUACUGAAAUGUGCUGUGGAGCUCCGCAUUGCCGAUAUCAUACACUCACAAGGUGGUCCAAUCACUUCGGAGAAAAUAGCUUCUGGUAUUCCCGAUUCACCAUCUCCUAAUAUCUCCUACCUCGAACGAAUUAUGAGACUUCUAGUCCUCAAAAACAUAUUCAUAGUUUAUCAUCCAUUGUCUAAAUGGAUAUUCCAAUGUGUGAAAGAUGGUGGGGUCGCUUUUAAAAGGGCCAAUGGCUGGGAUUUUUCAUCAUCAAAUAGUGGAUACUACAAGUUGUUUAAUGAUGACAUGUCAAGCACCGUUGACAUUUCGAUGCGUGCGUUCUUACAAGCAUACAAAGAUGAGCUCAGUAGCAUAGGAUCAAUGGUGGAUGUAGGGGGUGGGACUGGAAAAGCCAUGUAUGAAAUCGUGAAAUCUCUUACAUACAUCAUCAAAGGCAUUAAUUUUGAUCCAGCACAUGUCAUUGCUACAGCAUCCGCUUGUGAAGGGAUCUCCCACAUCGGGGGUAACAUGUUCGUGGAUAUUCCUAGUGCUGAUUCCAUCCUCGUGUCGUGGCUCGUGGUAAAACAAAAUGAUGAAUCUCUGCAAGGCCUAGUAGAGGUUUGGCAACAAAUCUAUGCUUUUUCAACCUCUAUGGUACUGAAAUGUGCUGUGGAGCUCCGCAUUGCUGAUAUCAUACACUCACAAGGUGGUCCAAUCACUUUGAAACAAAUAGCUUCUGGUGUUACUGAUUCACCAUCUCUUAACAUCUCCCACCUUGAACGUGUUAUGAGACUAUUAGUCCUCAAAAACAUCUUCACCGUUCAUCAUCCAUCUGACGGUGGAGAGACAUUAUAUGGACCCACAAAUUUAUCUAGAUGGAUGUUGUGGGACUCAAAACCAAGUUUUGUGCCCCUUCUACUAUUGGGUAAUAAUCCCGUGAAUAUUGGUUCAUGGCAUUACCUUAGCCAAUGUGUGAAAGAUGGUGGGGUCGCCUUUAAGAAGGCCAAUGGCUGUGAUGUUUGGGAUUUUGCAUCAUCUGACAGUGGAUACAACAAGUUGUUCAACGAUGCCAUGUCAAGCACCGUUGACAUUUUGAUGGGUGUGUUCUUACCAGCAUACAAAGAUGAGCUUAGUAGCAUAGGAUCUUUGGUGGAUGUAGGAGGUGGGACCGGAAAAGCUAUCCAUGAGAUUGUGAAAUCUCAUCCGCAUAUCAAAGGCAUUAAUUUUGAUUUGCCACAUGUCAUUGCCACAGCACCCGCUUACGAAGGGAUCUCCCACAUCGGAGGUAGCAUGUUUGAGGAUAUACCUAAGGCAGAUGCAAUUUUCAUCAAGGAUAUGCUACAUGAUUGGAACGAUGAAAAAUGUGUGGAAAUUUUGAAAAAUUGUCGCAAAGCAAUACCAGAAAAAAUUGGAAAAAUUAUUAUUGUGGAAAAUGUUAUUGGGAUAAACGAGAAAGACAUAUUUGAGGAAAUACGCAUAAUGUUAGAUUUAACAAUGAUGACACUUACUACUGGAAAAGAGAGAACGAUUAAGGAAUGGAAGAAAUUGUUAGAAGAAGGAGGUUUUCCUCGAUACAACUUCAUCAAAAUUCCUGCUAGACAAUCUAUUAUCGAGGCCUAUCCCAUAUGA